GGGGGCGCGGGCGGGGGAGGCGAAAGGGGGCCGGUUCUGCAGCGGGUGGCUCCCAGCCUCCCCCGCCCCCUUCCCUCUGGGUCUGCUCCUCGCUCCGGCUCGCAUUUUAUCGCAGACGGCCGGCGCAGCCCCCUCUCCCCAGCCCCAGCCCCGGCUCCGGCCCCCGCCCACCCCUGGGGUGGAGGCAGCCGCGCCGAGCCGCCCGCGGGAAGAAGGCAGCGCUCCGCCGGGCUCCGCGCCGCUCCGCGCCCCUCCGCGGGGCCAUGCAGCGCCCCUACCCCCCCGCUACGAGCGCUGCUCCUCGCCCCGCCGCCCCCCGCGCAGCCUGAGCGCCUCGCGGGGGCUCCGCGCCGCUCCGCGCCCCUCCGCGCCUGGUGGUGGGACGGGGCCGGUGGAGGCAGAGGCGGCACAGCAAAGCUCCGCUGCUCUGCGCGACUCCGCUGCCUGCCCCGGACAUGGGGAAGGGGCUGGAGGGGACGGCGGCCCGCUGCGGGCUGGGACUGGGAUACCUGCUGCAGACCGUGGUGCUCCCCGCCCUGGCCGUCCUGGGGGCCAGCCGCCCCGGCUCCGCGGCGCAAGAUGAUGACUUUUUUCAUGAACUUCCAGAAACUUUUCCAUCUGAUCCUCCAGAGCCAUUGCCCCACUUCCUCAUCGAACCCGAAGAGGCUUACAUAGUGAAGAACAAGCCUGUGAAUCUGUACUGCAAAGCGAGCCCAGCCACGCAGAUCUAUUUUAAGUGCAACAGUGAAUGGGUUCAUCAGAAGGACCAUGUGGUGGAUGAGAGACUAGAUGAAACCUCGGGUCUGAUUGUCCGGGAGGUAAGCAUUGAGAUUUCCCGCCAGCAAGUCGAGGAGCUCUUCGGGCCCGAAGAUUAUUGGUGCCAGUGUGUUGCCUGGAGCUCUGCAGGCACCACCAAGAGCCGGAAAGCCUACGUCCGCAUUGCAUAUCUCCGGAAAACUUUUGAGCAGGAGCCCUUGGGGAAAGAAGUGUCCCUGGAGCAAGAGGUCCUGCUCCAGUGCCGUCCGCCCGAAGGCAUCCCCGUAGCCGAGGUGGAGUGGCUGAAGAAUGAAGAGGUGAUUGAUCCCAUGGAAGACAGGAAUUUUUACAUCACCAUCGAUCACAACCUGAUCAUCAAGCAAGCCCGGCUGUCUGACACGGCCAAUUAUACUUGUGUCGCCAAAAACAUUGUGGCCAAAAGGAAAAGCACCACGGCAACUGUGAUUGUCUAUGUGAACGGAGGCUGGUCGACUUGGACUGAGUGGUCAGUGUGUAACAGCCGAUGCGGGAGAGGCUUUCAGAAGCGUACGAGGACCUGCACCAAUCCUGCCCCGCUCAACGGUGGUGCCUUCUGCGAGGGCCAGAGCGUUCAGAAAAUAGCUUGCACCACUCUGUGCCCAGUGGAUGGCAAGUGGACAUCCUGGAGCAAGUGGUCCACCUGCGGCACGGAGUGUACCCACUGGCGCCGGAGAGAGUGCACAGCCCCGGCGCCAAAGAACGGGGGGAAGGACUGCGAGGGGCUGGUGCUGCAGUCCAAGAACUGCACCGACGGGCUCUGCAUGCAGGCUGCUCCUGACUCAGAUGAUGUUGCUCUCUACGUUGGGAUUGUCAUAGCCGUGAUCGUGUGCCUGGCUAUUUCCGUGGUUGUGGCCCUCUUUGUGUAUCGCAAGAACCACCGUGACUUUGAGUCAGAUAUUAUCGACUCCUCGGCAUUAAAUGGGGGAUUUCAACCUGUUAACAUCAAGGCUGCAAGGCAAGACCUCCUGGCGGUACCACCAGACCUCACUUCUGCUGCAGCCAUGUACAGGGGUCCUGUUUAUGCCCUGCAUGAUGUCUCUGAUAAAAUCCCAAUGACCAAUUCUCCGAUCCUGGACCCGCUGCCCAACCUGAAAAUCAAGGUUUACAACACCUCUGGCGCAGUCACUCCCCAGGAUGACCUCUCUGACUUCUCCUCCAAGCUGUCCCCGCAGAUUACACAGUCUCUGCUGGAGAAUGAAACCCUGAACAUGAAAAACCAGAGCCUUGCUCGGCAAACAGACCCAUCGUGCACCGCAUUUGGGACCUUCAACUCUUUAGGAGGUCAUCUAGUAAUUCCCAAUUCAGGAGUGAGCUUGCUGAUCCCAGCGGGGGCCGUUCCACAAGGGAGAGUCUAUGAGAUGUAUGUGACAGUUCACAGGAAGGAGAACAUGAGGCCACCUGUAGAAGACAGCCAAACCCUGCUGACGCCGGUGGUGAGCUGCGGCCCGCCAGGAGCCCUGCUGACCCGGCCCGUCAUUUUAACCAUGCACCACUGCGCAGAGCCCAACACGGAGGACUGGCAGAUCCAGCUGAAGCACCAGGCUGCCCAGGGGCCGUGGGAGGAUGUGGUGGUGGUUGGGGAGGAAAACUUCACCACUCCGUGCUAUAUCCAGCUGGACCCAGAGGCCUGCCAUAUCCUGACAGAAACCCUCAGCACGUAUGCCUUGGUGGGACAGUCAAUCACCAAAGCAGCAGCCAAACGUCUCAAACUGGCCAUCUUUGGACCGCUGUCCUGCUCUUCGCUGGAGUACAGCAUCCGGGUCUACUGCCUCGAUGACACGCAGGAUGCGCUUAAGGAGGUCCUCCAGCUCGAGCGGCAGAUGGGCGGGCAGCUUUUGGAGGAACCCAAAGCUUUGCAUUUUAAGGGAAGCACCCACAACCUCCGCCUGUCCAUUCAUGACAUUGCCCAUUCUCUCUGGAAGAGCAAACUGCUGGCUAAAUACCAGGAGAUUCCCUUUUACCACAUCUGGAGUGGAUGCCAGAGGAACCUGCACUGCACCUUCACACUGGAAAGGUUCAGCCUGAAUACCCUGGAGCUGGUAUGCAAACUCUGCGUGCGGCAGGUCGAAGGAGAAGGGCAGAUCUUCCAGCUCAACUGCUCCGUCUCAGAGGAACCUACCGGCAUUGAUUAUCCUCCUAUGGACUCAGCAGGCACCAUCACCACCAUAGUGGGGCCCAGCGCUUUCAGCAUCCCCCUCCCGAUAAGGCAGAAGCUGUGCAGCAGCCUGGAUGCCCCCCAGACCAGGGGCCACGACUGGCGGAUGCUGGCCCACAAGCUGAAACUGGACAGGUACCUAAAUUAUUUUGCUACGAAAUCGAGUCCCACUGGGGUGAUCCUGGACCUCUGGGAAGCCCAGAAUUUCCCUGACGGCAAUCUGAGCAUGCUGGCGGCGGUUCUUGAAGAAAUGGGAAGACACGAAACCGUUGUUUCUUUGGCAGCAGAAGGAAAUUACUGAUGCAGCCUUGGCGUGAACAGGAAGGACAGACGCAGGGAGCGGUAAUGCCCUGUUAUCACAAGCGAGAAUUGAAACGAAAACCCAGACCAAUGAGUUACGCAAGAGACAUUUCAGAGAAGAAAGCAAGCAAACGAACGAAAAAAAAAACAGCCCUGACCUUCACAUGUGCUCUCCUUGUACAUUAUCACAGGAUCUAAAAGAAAUCAUGCAAAGUUAUACCUUGAAAAUAUAAAUCAACCUAAUGUUCCUCUCGGCUUGGCUGUACACUGCUUGGUACAGGAUUUUACAGUUUCCUAGGAAACGCUUUUUAUUGCUAUCCAGAUAUAUGGAUAAACUUUCUUAACAAUCCCAGUUUCUAUGGAUGUUGUUUACAUCAAAUUCUGGACAGGGGUAAGGAGACUGUCCAUGGCUCUUUAUAUUUUUUGUUUAAAGCCAUUCUAGACAAGGCUAUGGACAGUUGGUUGUGGCUAUUUCAGCUUAUUGGUUUCUGGUGAAUUCAGAUUUUGGCUACAAUUCUGCACAUCGAUUGUCUCACAGUGAUCCUCCUGUCAUUGUUCUGUUUCCUAGACCUACUUGUAAAAAAAAAAACAAAACCAAGAAAAUCAGCGUUUAAGAGGUGUGCAUCUGGAAAGCAGGUACUCUGGGUGCUAAGCAGGAACACAUGUAACAUCCCCUUCCUUCCCCAGUCGAGUCCCACUGAGCCCAUGUGGAGAAUAGGUGUAGGACAGCGGGGAACAUAGGAUUGGAGUUAAUUUUCAGUUCACAACGUAACACCACCCUUUCCACCCCUUUGCGCUAUGAGGGGCCCGGAUAUGCAAUUCAGAGUGGUUGGGGGGAAAAAAAAAAAAGAAACCCAGAAAAAAAUAAAAGAGAGAAGUUGCUAUGAUAAUUAUUUACUGAUUAGUAUCUAGUGCAAGGAUUAUAAUGACUAUUAUUAAUAUUAUUACCAUUAUUGCUUUAUUUCUAAUUUUGUCAGCAGCAGAAUGAAUCAUUCCUGGUUUUCUGGAACCUGUUGUCCCCUUCCUGAAGGUCUUCUAAGACGUGUCCCUCUAUAUGCUGUCUGUCCUUCCUUCUCCAGCCAUCAUACUCCUCCUCCAAAGUCCUCUGCCAGCCCACAGGGGUUGCUCACCUCCCGUUGGCGUUGCUGGGCUUCAUGCCUGAUGAUGCAAAGGUGUUACAGACUGGUGACAGUCCGCUGAAGUCACUGAUCUGCACCUGCAAAGGAUCCAACCCAGCACCCCUCCUUGGGAUGUUUGCACCACCGUGGUGGUCACUCCAAGAGGCAAUCUUGUCCCGAGGUGGCUGUGAACCAGUGACAGCCUCCCAGUCCAAGUACACGUAGACCACUGGUUCAGAAGCACGGGUGCAAGCAUGUGGAGUCACUGAUGUUGACCACCUGAUUUGUGCAUCCAAGGUGGGCCUCCAUAUGUCCUGCUUUGCUUUGGAGCAGUCUGAGAGCCAGCAGCUCCCGUUAGCUUCCCAUGGAGAUGCGGGUACUCACUCUUACUGAAACUCACCUCCUCCCAUUAACUUUUAACUUUCGUGGUGGUCAGGGCUACUGGGAGUCAUCUUCUGGGUCGUUUCUGGGUGAGAUGCACUCAGCGGAUCUCCAGAGGGGUUCCCAGUCUUGCUGCAACCAGUGAAGCCUCCGACACAGGGGGUCAGUGUAGGCUGAUGGAGUGGUGAAGUCAAAAAUCUCAUGUCCUGCAGGCUGCUGCCUGCGUGGCGCUCCCGCUGCCGCUGCCCCGGCAGGGCAGUGCAGGUCCUCGCUGGCUGACCGGCGGGACGUUUGUCCCUCUCAGCCACAUCCCUCUUGGCCACCACAAACAGGUGAAGCGGGAACUUGGCAAAAGGAGCAAACUCUUGCUUUUUCAGUUGUCAGUGCAAACAAAUUUUAUUUUUCGCUCAGUGAAAAGACUGACUCUUUGGUACAUGACAGCGCACAGGAUAGCAGCAGUUUUACUGCCAGGCUUGUCUGUCCUCUACUUCUGGUGCAAAAAAGGCUUUCUGCCCCAGCCCGCCGCUCCAGGUUUCUAGCCGGGCCCUGGUUAUUGCUGUAGUGCACACAUGCAUGCCCCUGCCCACGCACAUACUCCCACUCCAUGUGCUUCCUGAGCCCGGAGUUGCCUUGUUUUCUUUUGUGUUUUUGGUUUUGUUUUUCCCCAAGGCUUUCCAGAUUGCGCCUGUAAAGGUAACUUUGAAAAUGUCAUUGGUCAAAAUGAAAGGAAAAAUUUCAUCUGACCUUUUUCCCACUUGACAUUUCCAUAGGCUUGGGACUUUUUGUUUGUAAUUUCUCAGCUCCCUGACACCAGCGGGGUUUUGAUUGACUGCUGGGCAGCCAUCACAAAGGGCUCCCUUCCUUGUAAGGGGUAACCUGGCAGUUUGCAAACCAGCAUUCCAGUCAAAAACCAGAGAGCGGAGAACAUGCAUACAUUUUAACUUUCAACAUCUGUUUGCAUUUUGUCUGUGUAAGCCCCACCGUCUCUUAAUGUAGAGAUGUUAAGGGCCUCCUUUCAACAGCCAACCAGCUUAUUUUUCACCUUGGGCAUCUAAUGCAGGCCAUGGCAACACUAAUGGAAAUCUUGCUUCUCGACUUCACCUGGAGCUUCCAGCUCUGCCAUUUCUCUACUUUUUUUUUUUUUUUUUUUUUAAACUCACCUUGGAGCUCUAAAAUGGCUCUUAAAAGCCAGGUCUCAGCUUUUUGCCCUCCUUGUGACAUCUUCAGGUGUAACCAGUUGCAUUUAGUUUGUGCUUCUUCACCCCUUCCACACGUCCUUCCUGUGUGACUCGUCUUCCAAGGUGGGUGCCUGAGCUGAACUGUCCUUCGGCCCCUUCCCCUCGUCAUCUCAGUCUUUGUUAGCUGGUGCCCGGGCCCGCUGGUACUCCUGGCUCAUGGUUUUUGCAAGCUGGGCACCCUUCUGACAGGGGCUUUGCCAGAAAAUGUCUCGUAGUUAUCUGUAUUGCUAUGAGUCAGUGCUCCUUUUGCCAGCUCUCUGACCCACCCCUCCGAUGCUUCCUUCAAGAAAAACAAAUGAGCAACUUUCUUAAAAUAUUUGGGGGCAUUUUCCUUUUACAGCAUCACUGUAUUGAGAGGCAUGCUCUGAUGAAGAGGCGCAUCCACAGAGGUAGAUGGUGGUCAAGAACUUCACUGCCGGCUAGAGCAGUGGCAUCACCAUUGCUGGGCGGUGGAGCUGCUCUUCUUCCAGCCCCACUGCUCAGAAACCUUCUCUCGCCUGCUGCAAUCACGGGCUGGACGGUUUCUCCAGCCCCUGCUCCAUCAGCCUUUGCAGGGUCCCCGCGCAGCACCGUGACAGCUUCCUGGCAGGGCAGGCAGAAGCAGGGGCUGCCGGGGACGGGACCUUUCCUCCGCAGAGCCACAUCUCAUCCCAGCAGCUCUGCACGUGUGCUUUGCCACCGCUGCUAACAGCAGCUCCCCCCUCACCUGACGCUCCCCCUGCAUUAAUUUUGCUCAGUUUUUUUAAUUUUUUCCGGUGGUACCACGCUGGCAGGGCGUCCGGCUGGGGAGAGAGCGCUGGGCCGGGCUGGUGGUACGCACCCCUCAGCGUCCCCAUCCCCACCCCUCAGCAUCCCUCCCCACGGAGGGAAGGUGGGAAGCAAAGGGGGCCAGAUCUGCUUGUGAUAUUAUUUUUGGUGGGAGAAAUCCCAGCAGCGGUCCCUCCGGCUGGCUUGCAUGGACACAGUGCCAUCUCGUGGGGCGGCGAGCGACAUCGCUCAGGGAAAGGCUUUCCCGUGGGGCAGCUCUUGAAAAAUGGCAAAUAAGUUUGUCAGACAGAACCGGCUCUUAAAAGUUAUUGUAACAUUUUUAUGUCAGGUAAGCACAUCUGCUUUUUUUUUUAAAAAAUAAUUAAAAAAAAAUGGCUGCAGGCUUCUUCUCCUCCAGUUAUUACUACUUUUUUAAAUGCUUAUCCUUUUAGUUGUCCACCUUCGGCUAUGUGCUGUAGCAGUUUUGCUGCUCUUCACACCAUCUCUUCAUUACAUGUUGAUUGCUAGCGCUAUAAAUAAUAUAUAUAUUAUAUAAAUAUAUAUAAAAUAUCUACUGACUUCAAGGAACACCUUUAAUUUCCAAGUAAGAAACACUAUUGGAGGCAGUCCUUUUCACCUGAUUUUUUUUUCUUCAGUUCUUCUUGUGUUGUGUUCUUGUAAAGGUGGCUGUCAUUGUAUAGGGUAAGUUUGGGGUUUGGUUGGGUUUUUUUCUGAAUUUUCUGAUCAUCACAGCCGAUCCACUGUAUCUCGCUAAACAGUGAAAGACCUAAGUGCUGUUUUACCGAAUCUCAAAAGUUUUGAGGCAGUGAGGGUCUCCUCAGUCAAGAUUUGCUUCCAUGGGAGACCGAGAUGCUUUUUUUUCUGUAUCGCUGGCAGAAAUGCAGACACUCAUGAGACAUGUUGGAGUCUGGGAUGCCCACAGAGCAAAACAUGUCUGUUCCUUGGGUUUCUUGCUAUUUCUGUUGCUUACAUAUAGAAUAAAUGUAUUUACAUGCUGUAAGCCCGUCAUUGUGGACAGUGUCCUAAUGUCUUGUAUUGCUACUUGCAAUAGUUUCUUUUCGGUUCUCCUUUUCUUCUUGUUUUGAGGG